CGGAGGUGGUGGGUAAUUUCAUAAAGCAUACAGAGCAUACAAAAACUUCAAUCGAAGCCGUAGCUUUGGUCCUUAUGCUCCUCUUGUUAUGCCAACGACCUUGCAGUAACUGCAGUCCUCUCUUCACCAAAAUUCAUUUUCUCAUUCGUUAUAGUCUUUACUCCAUCUGUCCUUUUGACCGUUAUUCCUCCCGCCAAUUUGUUCAAACAACUGUUAGGUGGGUAUCCACCCAACAGAUAUACGCUUCCAAUGUUCGGAUUGGAGUUCUUGCUCGUGCUGGCAAGGUUGAAGAUGCCCGCCAAGUUUUCGAUAAAAUGCCUAAAAGAGAUGUUGUUUCUUGGAACGCCAUCGUCACUGGUUACUGGCAGAAUGGUCUUUUUGAGGAAUCAAAGAGAUUGUUUGACUUAAUGCCUGUGAAGAACGUAGUUUCAUGGAAUUUGAUGAUUGCGGGCUGCGUGCAGAAUGAUAGAAUCGAUGAGGCUUACCACUACUUCACCAAGAUGCCCGAGAGAAAUACUGCCUCGUGGAAUGCAAUGAUCUCUGGGUUUGUUAGGUUUGGUCGUAUUGAGGAAGCUAAAAGUCUCUUUGAAGAAAUGCCUCAGAGGAAUGUGAUUUCUUAUACUACAAUGAUUGAUGGGUAUGCUCAGAUUGGGGAAAUUGAGCGGGCUCGGGCCUUGUUUGAUAGCAUCCGUAGGAAGAAUGAUGUUUCUUGGGUUGUGAUGAUUAGCGGGUAUGUGGAAAAUGACAAGUUUGUGGAAGCAAGGGCACUGUUUGAUCUAAUGCCGGAAAAGAAUAUUGUUGCAAUAACAGCUAUGAUCACUGGGUACUGUAAGGAGGGCAAGAUGGGAUCUGCGAGAAUGCUUUUCGAAGAAAUUCAGUAUAAGGACCUUGUCUCUUGGAAUGCCAUGAUAGCGGGUUACGCACAAAAUGGGGAUGGUGUGGAAUCAUUGAAGUUACAUUUACAAAUGCUGAAAAUGGGUACAAAACCAGAUCACUCAACCUUUGUUUCACUUCUUACUGCAUGUUCAAGUCUUGCAUCACUAAAAGAAGGAAGAGAGAUUCAUCUAAUUGUUGUCAGAAGUGGUUUUGAGUCAGAUAUCUCCAUAUGUAAUGCUUUGAUAACCAUGUAUAGCAAAUGUGGAAGCAUAUCGGAUUCAGAGAUAGUUUUUGGGCUAAUCAACUGUCCUGACCUUGUUUCUUGGAAUGCCGUUAUAGCUGGGCAUGCACAGCAUGGUCACUAUGAGAAUGCUCUGGGGUUGUUUAAUGAAAUGGAGCUAAAUGGCAUUAAACCAGAUGGUAUAACCUUCCUUAGUGUCUUGUCAGCUUGUGACCAUGCAGGGAAGGUGAAAGAGAGCAUGGAGUGGUUUGAUAAAAUGCUCAAUGGUUAUGGAAUUGCACCGAGGGCCGAGCACUAUGCAUGCCUUGUUGAUAUAUUGAGUCGAGCAGGACAUUUAGAUAAGGCCUACAAGAUUGUCCAACAGAUGCCAUUUGAAGCUGAUGCUAGGGUUUGGGGACCUCUUCUUGCUGCUUGUCGAGUUCAUUUGAAUGUUGAACUGGGAGAAAUAGCAGCAAACAAACUUGUGAAAUUGGCGCCUCAGGAUUCAGGUGCUUAUAUUAUGUUGUCAAAUAUCUAUGCGGCUGCUGGGAUGUGGGAAGAUGUAACUAGAAUGAGAGGCCUGAUGAAAGAGCAAGGAGUUAAAAAGCAGCCAGCAUAUAGUUGGACGGAGAUUGCAAACGAAGUACACUCCUUUUCUGGAGGGGACAUAUCUCAUCCUGAGAUUGAUAGAAUUCAUUUGGAGCUUAAAAGGAUUGGAUUGCAGAUGAAAAUGUUUUGCGACUGUGAUGACAUUGAAACUUAAUGUCUUGCAUUUGAUACUCAUCUCAAAACUUUGGGCUUGUCUGUUUUGAAUCUCUCCUGGACAUAUAUAAAGCUUGAUGCAUUUAUUCUCUUUCUUAGAAAGGAAUAUUUAUUCCUGGAGAAUGCUGAGAUGAAUCGAUUCAUUUACAGUAGGCCAAUGAUUUUGGAGGUGUUUUACUGCUUCAAUACAUCAGAAGAUAUGUCGGACAGCUUGCUUCAAUGCGUGAUGGAUAGCGAUCGUUAAGUUUUUUGGAGCCGUGAAGGGUUAAGAAACUUGUUACUGUUCUGACAUAAAAUACUGAAGUCUUGUGAAUCAUGAAGUUAGAGGAGGCCAUUAAAAUUUGAAGAGAGAGGGGGUUGGGCCAAAUCAUCCAAUUAUGUCUGCAAGGAGGGAAAACUCUGGCUAAAGAAACAGUUGAUAGACAAUUUAUUCCUGAGUUCUGACCAACAAAGACUUAGAAGCCAUCCAUCAAAAGCAGAAAUUAUCUAGAACCAGAUAUCAGCUUCCUUCAAUUGUUAUAUUGAUGCAAGAUUUUUGGUAGACCAGUCUAGUGGAGAUAAAAUCAUAGAGAGGAAAGGGUAAAUGUUAUUGUAGAAGAUGAUUAAACAAUGCACUUCCCUAUUAUUUUGUA